UUUUGUCAUGACCGAGGUCAUGACCAUUCUGUCCUUUAUCCUAUUACUUCAGUUAAGUCGGAGGUUAAGUCAUUGUGCUACUAUAACAGUACAGCCAGUGUCUAUUAAUACAACACUCAACUCUACUGUUGUCUUCUUUUGUGAAGGAACUGGUGAUGAACUUUCUUUCAGAGUUAACAAUGAACCAGCUACUAAUACAGAUGUUAUAGUUAAAGGAUUUAGUGUAACAUCAAGUGUUCAUAAUGGUACUAGAAGAGCAGAGCUACAAGCAAUAGCUUAUGAACAUAAUAAUAAUACUGAAGUGAGAUGUAGAGCUAGUACUGAUGAACCUCUUCAGGUAGAGUUCAGUGAUACAGCAAUAUUAAUGAUCCAAGGUCUAUUGGCUAGUGUUGUUGAUCUGGGUUAUACCUUUAUUAAUGGAUCCAGUGUAUUAGUAACAUGGAUAGCUCCUUAUACACUGGAUAAUGUACCUAUCACUGGAUACUACAUACUCAAUGGAUUAGUGGAUGUUACUACUACUAACAAGAGUAUUACAUUAUCGGCUACUAAUCCUGAUCCUUGUACAUUAAAUAAUGUAACAGUUUCUGCUAUUAACGAUCUUGGAAUAGUGGUACCAGCAAUUGUUGGACAAUUGAAUAUCAUUAUUAAUGUUUUCUUGGACCAGUUACUAACAUUGACUCUUCAAUUGACAACUGUUCUACUAUUGAUAUAA